UUACCUCGCGCAGUACUGCUCCUGGAUAUUGCUGAUUCAGUGGGACACACGUCGUUGCUUAAAUUGAAAUUCUGAGCACAUUCAUUCGUUUGAUCGUAUUGAUGUUUCGUUCGUAUCGAUGUCGAUGUUUUCUUUUUCCUGCGACAGGCUGACAUCAUGCAGGUGCAUCCAAUGUACUUCAUCCUUGCCGUUUACCACGCUGGAACGCUGUCAAUCAUGUACCCGCGUUCUUGCGUCUGCAAUGAAAUAGUCUUCGCCGAGAAGUUCAUCAAGACAACCGACAUGGCUGUUCCUGGACUGAUCAUCAAGCUUUUGGGAAUUGUUUUAAGCCUCAUUUCUAUCAACACAUCAGGCUACAACGUGUUCAACAUGGGUGCACCACCGUUGCGUUUACCUCAUGACAUUUUAGACGAUACCUAAAUCAACAAUCUCAUCAAGCUCAAGAGUUUUGUGACUGUUGGACAUACGUGGCUGGAACGUUGCAGACUAAACUAAAUCAUUGCUUAGAAGAAAAAAAAGAACUUUGAUACGCUAGCAAUUUUAUGCGACUACUAGCGCCACUUUCCAAGUGUGAGACCUGACGCUUUUAUUUUGUGCUAUUGUUAACGCUUGUUGUUACACAAAUCGUCGGAGGACGCCACUGACAUCUGAGACUUUCGGAGCAAGGCGUAGUUGCUGUUGAAAACAGUGCAUUUCUUUCUGGUAUCGUUGACCUGGAGAGGCCCAAUCCGUUUGUUUUAUAAGUGCUAACAGCAUUUUACAUGGCCUCAGCGUUGUUCGCAUGCACAAGAUGCAACGCACGACACCCAUUCGAAGAACUUUCUCAAGGGCAGCAGCUUUGUAAAGAUUGCCGCGGCGCUUUUCCCAUUGUCAAAUGCACCUACUGCCGCACCGAAUACCAGCAAGAAAGUGGCAAAGUCGGUACAGGAGUCAUCUGCAAGAAGUGUGAGCAGAAUGUAAAAGCUUAUGGAAAGCCAACAGCCUGCGAAUACUGCAACAUCAUCGCUGCUUUCAUUGGCACCAAGUGCCAGCGGUGUACAAACUCUGAGAAGAGAUACGGACCCCCUGUAAGCUGCGAGCAAUGCAAGCAACGCUGCGCCUUUGACCGCAAGGAUGACAGUCGGCGAAAGGUUGAAGGCAAGCUGCUGUGCUGGCUCUGCACGUUGUCUUUUAAGAGGGCCGUGGCCAAGACUAAGCACAAUGACCCGAAUCACCAUCACAGCCAUCAUCACCAUCGGUCGUCAUCGGGUUCUGGUGGAGGCACAAACACUGGUUCUUCCACCGGACAGAAUCAUCACCACCACCGGAAGCACUCCCAUUCCUCGUCAUCGCUCUCCAACAGCAAGGUUGGCAGUGAUCAUGGAAGUGCCAAAAGACCACGGCUGGAUCCAACCAAGUUGGCGAACGGCAGUACUCCUCUGAGGAGCACCCCAGAGACCAGCGGCUUGCUGGACCCGAACAGCAGCGAUCACGUGGUGGCACUGACGCAGCUGCGUGAGCAGGUAUCCUCCCUGCAGAAACAGCUGAGCCUGAAAGACCAGCAGCUGCUUGCCAAAGACAAGCAGAUUGCGGAGCUCAAAGCUCACAUGUCUUCAGAUGAACGCAACGCUCGAGAAAAAAUGCAGGCGGAGAAGAAGAAGCAUUCGGAAGUCGUUCAGGACCUUAUGAACAAGCUGCUGACGUUGCAGAAACAGAUUGCAGCCAAGGCGAAGAGCAAUCGGAAGAACACAACAGCGACAAUAGACAGCCCCUCUUCCCUGAUCACGUGACGGAAGUCUCUUGCAUCUCGUCUCCCACUCUCUUUUACCCGGUCUGAAUGGAACAAGUGGCAGUCAUUAUCUGAUUUCUCCGACAUCACUCCAUUAUAUUGCUCUUCUCCUGCCCUUCUCUCCCCCCCCCUCCAUUUAUCAGGAGGCGAAAUCACGUCUCUGUAUGUUUACUUUUGUUUCAACACUUGUAGCAAAUGUGCUGGAUUUUGUGAUGAGCGAUGUGCAACCCACAUUAUGGUUAGGUGCCGGUUCUCAAGUCAUGUUCUAAGCUUUGGUGAUUUUAAUGGCAGUGGAGUACUUGAACGUUGCAAGGCCUAGCUCGCGGACUCUUCAGAUGCAGUAUCUCGGACCCACCCGGCCUUAACAAGUGCAAGAUGAACAGGCUCACCCCUCCCCCCCCCCCUUUAUUUCACCCCAGGGAUAUAUGAUAGACCCUUUAAACUAUGGACCUUUGCAUAGUAAUCGUUAGCAGAUUAGGCAACUAGCACAACAUGUACACAUCCAACGUCCACCACCCAAGCGUAAUCAACACAUUCACAUGAGAUUAUACCAAUUUGCAAAUGUGUUCUGUCACCACUUUGGAGACACGAUGCCUCGCGUUAACGUGCGCAUCUAGUGUGUGGCAGCACCGUUCACUUUGUGUAUUGUUGCAUUCUUACCUGCGGCUAGGACUUAUGUGGAUCUGAUUAUCAGUCCAGCAACACUCGUGGUAAUAAAGUUAGGUUAUCCUCUCUACAGUCAUAAUAUGACAUUAACUGUAGCUGCUAAAUUUGCGGACUUAGCUGAAGACGGUUGUUCUAAGUUAUUUAGUGUGAGGAUUUUUCUUGAUAGUUGCAACAAUUAGGUUUGUAGAGGUAUCAGGGCUUUGAAUGUCUUGAUUUCUUAUCUAAGUAGUGAGUGGGAGUUGGAAUUUUCAUUUAUAUGACUUGUAAGUCACGUUUGCUUGCAUGUGUUCGUGACAACUAAGACUGAGAUAUAGUGUUGAGAGCGGAGCCACCUGUUUGGGCCACUGAUUGAAAUGGAGCGUAGUUAUGGGCUGUUCUUGAUUAGGUAAUUCUGAGAUUCACGUGGCCGAGAAAGUUUGAAAUAUUAUUGAGGAGGGUGGUGGUACUCCAUUGCCAUAUUCAGAUACCCUUGAUUUGUUUUUAAUGGUGGCAAGUCAACACCUGGUAAUUCGGUUGGUGAAAGUCCAUCGCCUUUACUGUCACUACUGGCAAUCUGUGUGUUUAUAUAGUCCUUAACUGGAGCUCUUGGACUCUCUUCAUUCGAAUGUUGUUCUAGUGGAAAGUCCAUGUAUCCACACACACACACGAGGUGUAGGUUCGAUUACGUGAAAUGAUUAUUUAAGAACGCUCCCUCCUUUCUCUCUCCGAAACGUUGAGAUCUGGAUUCGAAGGUCCCUACAGUCCACAUGGUGUUUUUAUUUUCUUACAAAGUCGUUUUUAUCUGUUUCAGACUGCAUGUGUUUCUCAACAAAAUGUCGAAACCAUCUCCAUUCUUGUUUUUAUACUUUUUAUGAAACGUUCUCGUUUAAGUAGAAUAUGUUUUGCUCUAAGCAGACUGGCAGGAUGUGAAUCUAGAAAUAGUUUGAACGUGUUGUGGUGGUGCUUUCGGUGAGUGAAGUAAAGGUACCGAGAGAUGCACUUAAAAAGCGCUUUUGCGGCGGCUUGCGAUUUGCCCCUGUGAUGCUGCCAAGAUUGACUGCAGGCGACCGUGAAAGCGCCAUUGAAGCAAUUUCGAGCAACCAAGUAUCACACCCACCAAAAAGCCCUCCUUGGAGUGGAAAUCAGAACUGGUUUUGUGUGAGUGUUAAGUGUGUUAGCAUGUGCCAUGCAUUGAGAAAUUUGUGUUUUGCAACUGCAUGUGCCAGUCUGCUUAAGCAGUCAUCUUUUUCAGUUUGCAGCAUUGUACAUUCAAAAAAAUGGCAAAAACAAUAAAUUUACUCGCCAAAAA